AUACUUAACCUCCUCACUUGUCGAGUCCACUAAAAUAGCAUGCGGCAUAGACUCGUAGCCGAUAACGUUGUUUUCAAAAAUCGGUUGGUUAAUAUUACACAGAACGUGCGUGAAACAUCUUUGCAGCGUUGGAUAUCAUAAUUGCUGAUUGUAAUAGCACAUCUCUACAGAUAAGGUAAUGUCUACAUUCAAAUAUUUUGGAUAUGCCAGUAACUUGGCAGAUUACAAAGUAGGAUUGGAAUGUAAAUCUUGUCGAUUAGAAAGCAUAGCGCGACUUGAUGGCUUUACGUUGAGUUUUGGCGAGUAUUGUCCGGAUUGGUGUGGUGGUUCUGCCACAUUAAGAAAGGAGGCAGGAUCUGAGGUUUGGGGAGCAGUCUGGGUUAUUGACAACUCGGAGAUGGAUAUUUUGGAUGAGCAAGAACAUGUUACCAGUGGCCAAUACAAAGCGGUAAUCAUCGAAGUUGUCGGCAAGGAUGAUCGAAUUAUACAAUGUCGGGCAUACGAACAGAUAGACAAGCAGGGCGAACCAAGUAAACCGUCUCCGCAGUAUUUAGCCGUGAUUUUGGAUGGAGCGAGAAAAUGUGGAUUGCCAAAUGGAUAUAUUGCUAAACUUGAAGCUGUUGAAACAAAUGGUAACAGCGAAAUAACGGAACUCAUGGUUGCAAUCAGCGAACGACGCAAAGCAUUUGGCCUUCUCAGUCCAUUAUUUUAAAAACAAAUGAAAGAUAUAAUAACGUUUUUUUCUUUGAAUCCACUCAAGAUAUAUACUGUACAUUUUAAACUCUUACUCUUUAAAGUCUGUGCAUGAUUUGAAAAUGGAUGGUUACUGUAGUUCGGCAGAAUCGGGCCUUAAACAUUGUUUUGGGACAUUAAGUUUUUUUUAUUGUUUAGAUACAAUGUCGAUGACAUAAAUAAUGAUACCCAGGUGGGUGUGGAGUAUAUAAUGUUGAGCA